UUUGCUUAAACGCCGUUACCUGAGUCACAAGCCGGUUUGAUCGUUUCUGUGUUUAAUUUGGACCAUAAAAAGGCUUGACAGGCCAGUUUUGAAAAGCACUACUACGGCAUAUUUAAGACGGUGCUAACCUCCUGUUUAUUUGUCGACCCUGUGAGAACUGCUUGGUAGCUACUUCUCUGUGUCCAAGUCACAAUGUCUGGAAGCCCUGCUGUCGUGAUGCGGCUGUUGGCCUCAGCCUACAGUGUGGCUGAAAAGGCUGGGUCCAUUGUGAGGAAGGUCCUUCACAGUGGAGAACUUGGCAUCGUGGAAAAGACAGGAGCCAAUGAUCUGCAGACACUGGCAGACAGACUGGCACAGCAGAGCAUUUGCGCAUCACUGGCCAAACAUUUCCCCAAAAUCACCAUCAUUGGAGAGGAGGAGCUUCCGGCUGAGCAGAUAAAGGAAGAUCUCAUUGAGAAUGGCCACUCACAGGAAAUCCUUCAGAAGACAUGUCCAGCAGAAUAUAGUGGGCUAAAAGAGGAGGAGAUAGUUGUGUGGGUUGAUCCCCUCGAUGGCACAAAGGAGUACACUGAAGGGCUCCUGGAUAAUGUGACGGUGCUUAUCGGUAUUGCAUGCAGAGGCAGAGCUAUUGCAGGUGUCAUCAACCAGCCUUUCUACAACUACCAGCUUGGACCAGGCGCAGAUUUAGGAAGAACCAUGUGGGGAAUGCUGGGAUUGGGCGCUUUUGGGUUUAAGCUGCAGGAAGUUCCAGGUGAUAGACGUAUCAUCACCACCACACGUUCCCAUAGCAACAAGGUGGUAAUGGACUGUGUAGAGGCCAUGGAGCCGCAUGAAGUUGUACGAGUGGGUGGCGCUGGAAACAAGAUAAUCCAGCUUGUUGAAGGAAGGGCUUCUGCUUAUGUCUUUGCCAGUCCAGGGUGCAAGAAGUGGGACACUUGCGCUCCUGAAGCCAUUCUGCAUGCUGUUGGAGGUAAACUGACUGACAUACAUGGCAAUGCAUACCGCUACGAUGCUAAUGUAAAGCACAUGAAUUCUGCUGGCGUUCUUGCUACACUACGCAACCACGAGUACUACGUCAGCAAUGUACCACAGUCGGUGCUGCAAGCCCUCAAAUCAGAUUGAGGUCUGUCUUCAUCAGAAGUCACACUCAUGUCGAUCAGUGGUUCGGAGAUUCAACACUUAAAAUCCAAACAGAGGAAAGUUCCUGGACACACAUGCAGGAAUUUUCCAUGUGGGUAAAUGUCAUAAAAUCUAUUUUGUAUUAUUUUUUAAAUUUGAUCACACUUUAACAACUUAAAAACAUACUUUGUUACACUGUGAAACAUGUUUAUUCCACAAAGUGAACUGCUGUGGGUUUUGUGUCAGUCAGCAUCACAACCAGAAAAACAGAGAACAGGCUCAACAGCACUUCCAUUUAUUUCACUCGUUUGAAACAAACUCGUACAAAUCUCAAAACGUCUUAACAUACUGUUUCCAACUUGAUGACCAAUAGAUUUACAAGGCAAAAGGCAAGAUUUAAAUAAAUAAAAAUACAUUGGUUAAAUGUUCAUUAGUGAGUUGGAAAUGACUGACUUCAUUCAAUAACCACUAAGUGGGAACAACAACCAAAAUGCCAUCACCUUAACUGGAUGAGUUUGAUCUCUUCACAAUGUCAUGCAAUGACUGGAAGUGCAACGAAGUUCAGUGUGUGAGAGCUUGACAUCUACUGAAAAAAAUGAAUAUACUGAUAAGUCCUCCUUAAAAUCCCAUACUGUGCUUUAGUUCCUGUCAUGUUCUCUAACACCGCCAUAUCCGUCUCUACUGUCCUACACACCUGCUGUACUUACCAGACUAAAGGACACAAACUCAAAGUGCUCACUCAUGUUUGGUUCCCACAUUUUCCACAUACACUGAAUUUACAUCAAAACUGAAAAUGAAACAUUUACGCUAUUGCAUUACUCAAUGGAAAUUCUGCUCUUUAAUAAGCACAAAUGCUCCUUCAGUGAUGUGAGAGAUGAAAAAGUUUCAGAGCUUGGUACUGGUUUUGAAAAACAGGCUGGGAACAUUGAUGGAGAGCAUCAGAUUUGUAUGAAUGUCCUAGUAAAGGUACAGCUUAGGUUGACUGUCCUUUUUUAAAGUAGGCUUUAAUGACCUUUACAGAUGUGUUUGGUAAUAUUUAUUGCACUUAUAUUAUUAAACUCAAGAUUUUACUGACACCUCCACAGGGAGGAAAACAUUCUUGAGUCUUAGGGAAAGUUAUAUCAAUGUGUAACUUCUUAAAGGAAAAAUUUCGCGACAAAGUGCAUUUCCCAAAAUUUUCAAGAGUUGUGCAGGAUCGAUGCUUAAUGUCUCCCCAUGAAAUAUGAAUAUACAGCCAGCAGCUGGCAAAUUUAGCUUAGCAUAAAGACUAGAAACAGAUAAGCUAGCUGUGUCUAAAGGUAAUAAAAUCCACCAACAAGAAUUUUUUAAACUUGUUAGUUAACACAUUGUGUCUCGUUUGUUUAAUCCAUACAAAAACAAAGCGUAAAAAAAAAAAGCUUUACGUAGGUUGUCUGCCUGACUGAAACAAUCAAACACAUAAAACUUUGCAAAAUGUAGAUUUGUUGUUGUCAUGCUUGAUUGUUGUACAAAUUAAACAGACAAUAUACACUGGAUACAUUGAACAGAGCCAGGCUAGCUGUUUGCUGUCCCAGUGCUAAGCUAUGUUAGCCAGCUGCUGGUGGUAGCUUCAUAUUCUACAGACAUGAGAGCUGUAUUGAUCUUCUCAUCUAACUCUUGACAAAAAAAGCAAAUGAGCACAUUUCCCAAAAUGUCAAACUGUUCCUUUAAGCAGUUUACUACUUCAGCCAAUGAAGGGGGAGAUGGCAGUAAUUAGCUUAACUACAUGAACAUUAGACAAAUCAAGGUCAGACAAGAGAGAGUUGUCUCUGUUGUCUGGGAGAAUGUAUGGAUUUUACAGUGGCUAGGGCAGAACCUGUCUCAAUCUCACAAGCGUGCAUGCAUUCACAAAAUCACUAUGGACAUUGUUAAUCUGAAGGCAGAGAAGCAUCUUUUCUUAACAUCUUGCCCAUUCCACAAGAGUUUGGUGUUAAUAUUGGUGUAUGGACUGAGUAGUAGAAGUGAGGGCUGAGUUAAUACAUACCAUGGCAUCAAAAGAAAUGGAAAAAAUACCACAUGUUCAUAAAAAUACCCACAGAACAAGCAAAAAACACUCCUGUAGUUUCUGUUUACACAUGAACGAGCUGACUGAGAGAGGGCUGGAGUGUUUGAGGCAGCCUGCAGGGACGUGGGCCAGAGACCAGCCGGGGGAGGAGCAGGAGAGUCAGGGCCAGCUGCUCACCUCUUUUUCGGAGCCUGAGUGGUACGAGGCGGGGUGACAGGGCGCCCUGAAUUCACCCCUCCGUACUGGUACUUUGCUUUCUUUUCUGACGGCUUCAGGAUCUAAUAGAGAGGAUGAUGGUAGUGAUAAAUGUGUUACAGCACAUGAAUCAGGAUUCAUGUUAUGGUAUAACAAUCACAGAGUUCUCUACCUGAAAGGAGCACAUAAGGGACUCGUCCACACUCAUCAUGCCGCCUGCGUUGUCAAACUCCCCGCAGUAGUUGGGGGCCGAGAACAGCGUCACCAGCUGUCGUUUGGCAAAGAACUCAUAGCCAUCUUCAACAACCUGUCAGGUGGCAGGAUUAGAGCUGGAACAAUUAGUUGAUCCACAGCAAAUUAUUUGACACCAUUUUUCAAAGUGCCAAAAAUUAACCAGAUCUAGCUUUGCAAAUGUGAAUUUUCUUAGUCUUCUAUGACAGUAUACUGAACAUCUUAGAGUUUUGGAUGGUUGAUCAGAAAAAAUGAAAUACGUCAACUUGGAUGUAGAAAAUUUUGAUGUACAUUUUUCACUACUAAUCGAUGAAACUAUAAUCAAAAUUGUACAAAUCCAUAAAUAAGUGAAUCUUCCUUCAUAGGAAGUCAGUGUGUCUUCCUAUGCAACUGAACUCAAUGAGAAUAAAAAUGAAAAAAAAAGUUUCUGAUUCUAUGUUUGAAAUGUAAUCUCACAUUUUAGACGUUCUCUGUGCAGUCCUUGAAUUACUAAAAUAAGGUUCCAGUUUAUCAGUAUGCCUUAAUAAAGUGAAAUAUAAGUCUCUCUGGUAAUAUUUUGAAUGUGGCCGUUUAUCAAAAAGCAACACAAGUGUUACCUGAUGUGCUCGGCAGAUGAGGUCCAGGUCGUGACGGUUGAGAAACUUGCUGACCACGUCGGCCCCAAAGGUGAAGGAAACUCCCCGAUCAUUCUCCCCCCAGCCCUGGACGUCUUUGUCUGGGUCUGACCACAGCAGGUCACACAGCAACCCUAACAAAAGCAAAAAAAAAAAAAAAAAGCAUGA